AUGAUGCGUGAGGAUUUGUCUUCAUUGAGCAAAUUAGAUGAUGGCAAUGAAAGUGAAUGUGUGUCAGAGGCAGGAGAUAUUCAGGAUCGGCCUCUUCACAGAAACAGGCCCAGUGAGAGUGGCAGCAUCCACUUGUUUCCUUCAGAGGGCAUUCAGCUCCAAUCCUAUGGGUUCUGGGGUCGUGACCCUGUUGCAUCCAAAGCAAUUUCCCCUGUUUCUCCCUUGCUAGAGGAAGUCAUAUCUCCUCUUUUCAGUGAUGCGAUCAUACAUGAGGACAAAAAGAAAGACAAUACGAUAAGGUUGCCAAAAUUCUUGGAGUACGGUUCAUGCAUGGUUCAUUUAGUUGUGUUUGGCAGUCUCCAGGGUUGGUUCUUUCUUGAUGGGGUCGUUGGGUGUUGUUUUCGAAGGAGAUAUAUCCUAUACGUCCGAUUAUUUGCCAUUGGAUUGUCAACCGGUUACUUAGGAAGCCUUACAACUUUCAGCGGUUGGAAGCAGAAAAUGCUUGAACUCAGUGCUGAAGGCCAUUGGGUGUUUGCUCUGCUCGGUUUUCUAAUAGGUUUGUUUCUUGCGGCCUACUCCAUCAUUUUCAGGGUAGAGACAGCAAAGGGUUUUAGGCAGCUUCUUGAUGGGAACUCAGUAUGUGGUGUCACUAGCUCUAGAAGGAGUUGGAGGGUUGACAGCCACAAGCAUCACUUGGUAUCUUUAGCUGUGUUGCUGUGGAUGCUAGGUUCUCUAUGGAGUGUGAGUGGAAUAAUGUUGAGAGAGGAAUUUAAAAGUGACAGCGGCGAGGUGCAACUGUAG